GUCGGCACGGUGAUGUGCGAGAAUGUAAAUAGAAUUUGGUAAUUGGCCACAUUUUUCAGCGUUAUUUUUUUAUUGAAAGAAGAGGAGAGAGAAAAAAGCAUUCCGAUCCGAUACGCUUGCCUCAUGAUUUUCAGUUACUUGUCCGGUGUGUAUGCUCUCAAAGAAAUCAUUGAAAUCCUUCCGAUCGCGUUGUCGGCUUCUCCGACCACUUCUUUAUCACUAUCAUCCCCACACCUGAGCAGGAAAGGAACCAUUCGAACCACCAAGCAAACCCAGCAACCACGGCCACUUCUCCUUGUACCACCACCAUCAUCACCACGACGACCACCUCUAAAAAUCACUUCUUUUGACGUCCAGCUCACUCACAAUCAUUUUUUUUCUCUCUCCCUUCUCGUCAGUUGGUCAGUUCAAUUCGCCUGAGGAGGAAAAGGUCUUCAGGUGUGGGGAAAAAAGUGCAAUAUGGAUUUGAAUCAAACGUGUUUUACCGAAGCUUAUCACUUCGAAACGAUUCCCUCGGGUCAUCCUCAAGGUACCGUUCUAACGCCUUUCGGAACCGACCAAUUUCAUCCAACCCCACAAGAACAGGUCACGGCGGUCACCGAGUAUUCCACAGAAACCGCUCAUGGAUACCUAGAGCCCAACUUGGACCUGUACAAUAAUCAAUAUCCUGCCUACGGAUCGAGCUACCAAGCUGACCUGACUGAGUGCGCCGGCUACGAGGGUUCACCCACUGCCACAUCAGAUUCAGCGCCUGCCACUCCCCUCAAGAAGGGGCGGGGAGGGAGGAAAAAGAACACCCGCCCACCUUCGCCCGCAGUGCUGAGACAGAGAAGAGUGGCAGCGAACGCACGUGAGCGCAGACGCAUGAACGGGCUGAAUGAUGCUUUUGAGCGGCUGCGCGAGGUCAUCCCAAAUUUGGGCUCUGAUCAUAAACUUUCGAAAUACGAGACCUUGCAAAUGGCCCAGACAUACAUUGGCGCGCUGGCCAACUUGAUCGAGCGCACCAAUGGCAAUAAUAAUACUCCCAAAAAUCAUAAUAACAAUAUCAUGGAGGGCACCACUCCAACGUCCUCGUUAUAUCACCUCCAUAGUUCAGCACCUUCAACGACUUCUUCAGUGGAUUUGCAAUAUUCUCAGCAAGUGUCGUGAAUAUUUUCCAGUGAAAACCGAGAAAAGUGAUUUG